AUGAGCGACUCCUCGCAGCAUCUGAGGUUGGCCCUCACAGUCACUCAUCUGCUGCUAGUCGCCCUGGGCUCCGUCAACCUCGUCGUUAUUCUCCUCAUCAUCUCACGCCCGUUCGUUGCCUUUUUCCGCUUUUUCAUGUUUUCACGAGGAGAGGAGGCCUUGGACUAUCAAUGAAUGGAUAAUGGGGCUCAGCAUCUUAGAAGAGAAUAAUUCUCAGGAUUUCUCGUGCGAGCGAUCUUUGCAUUUUCUAGUGUUACGCAUUAAUAAAACAAUUUUCGUCAGUAUAAUCAAGAGCAGAAAGUUCACAAAAAAGUUGCAAAACAAAAAAUGGAAAAAAAAAUCUCAGAGAUCAACAAUAUCAAGGGACUCUACUUUUUUAGAGGGAGGGUUCAGUUUUUUUUAUCCAUGUCAUUUUUUCGGAAAACCUUAAAAAUGUGAGUGUAAAGUCACUGGGUUUUUUUAUUUUGUGUUUUUUCUUUGCAAACUUAUAGAUCGAAAAAUACAAAAUUAUUACUUGCUUAUGGAUCUUUUGAUGAUUUUUUUUAUAGCUGAAUGGAUUAUUUUCAGAUAUCUUCGAUCCAUAACCAACGUCUACAUGAUAGGACUGUGCCUGGCAGAUUUCAUCUACCUGGCGGAUUUAAUUUUAGUCGCGGCGACUUCUCUAAAUGGGAAGAGUUGGCCAUUCGGAGCAACCGUUUGCCAUUUAUUCCACGGCACUGAGGCCACAGGUUUGAGCUUUUCCAUGGAUUUCACAAGAAGUGCCUACUCCUCUCCUUCAUAGCUUCUUAGUCCAUUGAUCAUGGCAUCUCAUUAAUUUUUUUUUUCCAAUAAGACUCCAUAAUAUAUUAUGUCUAGCCAAUGAUUCACCAAUUUCGAGCAUCUUAGUUUUAAUUUUUUCUUGGGUUUUAGGAUUUCUUGGGAUCUCAUAAGGAAAAUUAAUUAGGUCUAUUUGAAGGGAAAUACGCGUCUGUGUUGUUUGUCGUCCUUCUCGCUGCAGACCGAUACAUUGCCAUGUGCAAAAGCGAUUUGUGUGGGAGAUAUAGGUGAAGAAGUUGGAAAAGUCCCUCGAAACGAAAAAAAUGUUUUUAGGACAUACCGAACUGCAAUUUUGCUGAGCGUUCUCGCCUGGCUGGCAGCUCUCGUUUGUAGCCUGCCACUGUACAUUUAUGCUGAUGAAGUGAGAUUCUGGUGCGAGGAAUCUGAUGAAAAACCGCCAAUUCAGAUCAAAGUGCGGAUCCGACCUAAGAACGGAAGCGAGCUAGACGAGAACAAUCACACCUUGUGUAUUGCCCAUUGGCCAAGUCCACCUCAUGCCCAAUGGUGAGGAAAAAAAAUAUAGAAGAAAAAUUCGUUUGAAGACUUUUUGUUGCUUCUUUCAUGUUCCUCGAGAAAAAGAGCCAAGAAAAAUACAAAAAAUAUGAUAAAAUUUGUUUUUCAAAAAAUCAAGAUUAUCGAAAGUUUCGGCGUUCAAAAUCAUCAGUUUACUGUUUCACAAUGUUUAAAAACCCAAGGAAGUGAUAUGAUCAUUUUUUUAUGUUUCAUUUAUAAAAUAAUUUUUUUCAGGUACAUCUCAAUAUGCUCCGUUAUGAUUUUCAUAUUGCCGGGCCUCGUUAUUUUCUAUUGUUAUUAUCACGUUUUUUGCAAAUUGAGAGAAGCUGCGAAGGUGAACUUUUUUUUCUCUUGGAAUGAUUUUUCGUUUAUUCACGUGUUCGAAAGCAAUUCCCACUCAUCAUGACGUCAUGUAUCUAUUGGCAUAAUAUAUAAAAUAGCAAACAGGGAAGUGACAUAUAUGACAAAAAAACAGAUGAAAUCACAAUUUCAAAUGCUUUGAAGUCCUGUCAAACACCUUUAGCCGUGCUAACAUGUAGAAAUCGAUUCGAAUUUCUUUGAAAACUUGAAAAAAAUAUUUCAGGGCUCUCGGAGACUUCACAGAAAUAAGACCUCCAGAUCUUCCUAUCAGAGAGUAACGAGAAGUGUUCAACGAGUCGUCUUGUUUCAUCUCCUUUGCUGGUAAGUUCAUUUUUUUCCAUGAAAAGCAAACUAAAUUUAAAGCUACUUAUAAGUUUUCCUUAGGGAAAUUAUUUUAAAGAAGGAAGUAAGAUCGUGACCCGUUAAUGAAUUCCUCUUGGUGAAUAAAUAAUGAAACUUGCGGUUCAUUUGAGAAUUUUUAAGUUGAACCAUGGCCAGAAGCUACCUUGAAAAUUUUUUUCGAAUCUUUGAAAAUUUUCAAAUCCUCACUUGAAUUACCUAAUUCUGUGCAUGUUCCAGAGCUUUUUUUUGGAGAGACUUGAUGAAAUUUGGUUUCUUGCUCUUUGAAUCAAUCAAAUACAUGUUUUUUUUUACUAUGAGCAAAUGGCUCAGAUGCAAUGGUAAAACUCAAUGAUUGAAAUUUUUGCAGGUCGCCUUUCUGGCUUUUCAACCUAUUCUCUUCAAUUUUCCGAGUUCGGAUAACAACUCAGUUGUUGAGAAUCGUCGUGAACAUUAUUCAUCUAUUCCCAUAUGUCAACUGUGCUUUAAAUCCUGUUUUGUAUGCCUACAGAGCCGAAAACUUCCGAACAGCUUUCAAAUCUCUUCUUUUCUUCAGCAGGAGGUCAGUUUUUCUAUCCAAUUUUUAUUUUCAAGUUUUCCGGAUUAUCCAAAAUUUCAUGCGUUUGCAAUUCCUCAAUGAGAAAGUUCAGAAAUCGACAGCUUCCCAUGCCGGAAGACGUUCGCAGUGCAACUCAUAGCACCUACUUCAGAAACAGCAGCAAGUACGUUAUUACUUCCUAAUCCUAUUUUCAAGAAAGUGGGGCUGAAAAAUUCUGACUCUUUUCAGCUUGUCUACGUUGAAGACGCAAAUAGCAGCAAAGAACUCCAAAGAAAUGCCUUCGAUCUAUGUUCCAGAAGAAGAAGAUUCACCGAGCAUUCACUCAGGGAUCGUCGACCUUGACAAGUGCGUUAAUCAACGGAAAAAUCUUGAAAAGUCUCAGAAUCACUUUUUCAGAGACCAAAAAGAUCAAAGAAAAAAAAACUGAAAAGACUGAGAUAAUUGCUUCUUAGCUGAUUUGAGAGGGUAAAUUGAAAAAGGUUCUGUACGGAUGUUGAAAUUUUUCCAAGAAAAAAAUUCUUCAGCGUUCAUCUUUCAAAAAAAUUUUUGAAUUUUUGGCCUGUACUGAAAAUUUCUUAAGCUUCUAAAAUUACCGCCUUUAAUAUAAUUAGUUUGAAAACUAAGCGAAAAUAUUAAAUUUUAAUUUUUUUCCAAAAAAACUUUUCUUUGAGCUUUCAGAAGAUAAAAAAAUUUCUAGCGAAAAAAAACUCGUUGUCAAUUAUUUCAAAGCAUUAGUCCAGUCCAUAAAAAAAUGACGUCCAAUCCAAAAAGAAAUGACAUUUUUUUGAUAAUUAGUACGAAAACACUGUUGAAAGCUUUGAUGAAUAUCCCUUGAAUUGCAGAAAAAAAGCAGAAUUAUCCGCGUGGAGACCAUACGACGGGACCAACUCGGACGUUCUCGAAGUGCAGUUCGACACCCACAAAAGUUCGGCGCGAAGUAUUUUGCUUCCGGCAAUAACUGUUCAUGACGGAACACAUCUCUGA